GUUUAUUUUCAUCAAAAGUUAUUGCAUUUUAUAGUUAUCUUUGACUAAUUUUUUUUUUACCUUGUCAUUUUAUCAAAAAAAAAAAGAAAAAAAUUGAAAAUCUUCCUUAUUAAUCUAGGUGAUUUUCUAUCCCUUCUUUCCAAAAAAAAAAAAAAAAAAAAAAAAAAAAAAACUAGGUGAUUUUCCCUUUGCUCUUUUUAUCCUCUUUCUAGUGGAAUCUUCCGUUCAACGGAGUACUUCAUUAAUACUACCCCAUAUGAACUACCGUGUAAUUAGGAUUUAGAACUAUAUUAUAUAAAUAAAUCUCCUCAAAAUCAUAUUCCUGCUUUCAAAAUACAAACCCACCCAUUAAUUCCUCUCAAUUUCUCAAAAUCCCAUCUCCCACCCUUUCUCUCUCCUUUCAAACAGCCUCCAAAAUCCAUUCUUGCUCAACGCUUUUGCUGUAUGUAGCAACCCCUUUUUUUCUGCAAGUUUCAAUCUUUAUUUCUAUAAUUUCUUAUUUUUUUGCUAUAUUUUUAAGUUUUAGCUGUACAAAAUUCCUGCUUUGAUAUUAGUGAAUUUAAAGAUUGAAUCUUGCUGCUUGAUUUAAAUUUAUCUAUAAUUUAUAGUAAAAAUUAAGUUUAUUUUGAGGAUUAGUUGAAUGUUAGAAAGUGUAGAAGAUGAAGAGUAUAUUUCAAAGUCAAAAUCCAAAUUUUGGGAGAUCUAUUCUAAUGAUUCACCAAAAACUCUAGCACAUAAUCUUAUUAGGUCCACCGCCUUUUCAUCACAACCCAUGAAAAGGUCGGUUAGACCCGUUUUUAGUUUGUUGUUGUUCAUUGUUAUUGCUGCAACUUUUGGUUGCAGGAUUGCAAUUAGAAAUGGGUUUGGAUCCAUUUAUGGUGAAGGGGAUUAUUCAGUUGGUAAUGGUAGUGUAGUUUCACCAUUGGAUUUGCAUGUUUUUAACUCCACAUUGCUUAGAUUGGCUGACGUUGAGGUGGGUGAGGGUAAAUUGAGGAAGGAGGUUGAUGAAUUGAUGGAUGGUAAUUUUGGGAAUGUUGCUCGGCUUCGGACUUUCGCCUCGUGGCGGAGGUUCUUUAGGAGUGGGGAUAUUCGUGCUAGGACGUCGAGGGGGGUACCGGUUAAUAUCCGGUCACCGGAGUUUUCUAAGGUUUGGUUGACAUUUAGGAGGUCUUUGGGUGAUUGGUUUAGGAAGAAGAGGUUUAGUCCUGAUAUUAUGGAGGAGUUGAUUGAGCUUGUGAAAGUUCCUAUUGAUAAGCAUAAUGGAGUGUUUGAGGGUGUAAAGAAGAAGUAUUCAUCUUGUGCUGUUGUGGGAAAUAGUGGGAUUUUGUUGAGUAAAGAGUAUGGGAAAUUGAUUGAUAGUCAUGAAGCCGUGAUUCGGUUGAAUAAUGCUAGGAUUGAAUCUUAUCGAAAGAAUGUGGGUUCUAAAACGAGUUUAUCAUUCGUAAAUAGUAACAUUUUGCAUCUUUGUGCAAGGAGGGAUGAUUGUUUUUGCCACCCAUAUGGGGCUAAUACGCCCAUUGUUAUGUAUAUGUGCCAACCUGCCCAAUUUCUAGACUAUGUAGUGUGCAACUCGUCUCAUAAAUCGCCCUUGAUUGUCACCGAUCCUAGGUUUGAUAUGUUGUGUUCUCGGAUUGUGAAGUAUUACUCACUAAAACGGUUUGCAGAUCAUCCGAACAAGACUCUAGAGCAAUGGAACUCCGCUCAUGAUGGGUCUAUGUUCCAUUACUCUUCAGGUAUGCAAGCUGUGACGUUGGCAUUGGGAGUUUGUGAUAGAGUUAGCCUUUUUGGGUUUGGGAAAUCGACUGCUGCAAAGCAUCAUUACCAUACUAAUCAAAAGGCGGAGCUCACAUUGCACGAUUACUUGGCCGAGUAUGAUUUUUACAACGAUUUAGUGGAGAGGCCUCGUGCAGUACCAUUCAUCUCCAACAAGUUCAAGUUUCCUCCUGUGGAAAUUCAUCGUUGACAAGUCUUUUGAAAGCGUCUUUUUGUGGAUUCUAUUAAUUGUAGUCUUAGUUUUUUCUUCAUAUACCCAAAUCAAUUAGGAACAGAAACAAAUUCGAAAUCCCAAGAGAAGUUUCUUGUGGUGAUACUUUGCUGUAAUUUUGAUCUAGUUUUGAGUCCACACUUUCAUGAGAGUGUCCAAUUGUAUUUAGCUCAUGAUUUAAACAGUUGAAAAAAAAUAACCCGAGUCUUUAAAUUUCGAAUGUGUGCCAUUGUGCAUUUGUGCUGUUUUUUGAUUCACUAUUAUGUGUUUACUCAGCUCUACUAUAUACGAAGUAAUAAAUAUAUUUUGGGUUAAUUUUGACCAAGUA